AGUUCUGAGGUGAAGGGCGUCAAGAAGGGCGUCUUGAAACGUAAGCCCGACCAGCCCAUGAAGCUUUCACAGGCUUUUCGCGCGGCAGCAAAGCAAGGUAUCAAGCUCCUGGGCUCCGUCAAGUGCAUGCGCAAGUCCUGCUCCACAACGCCAGACAAGGUCGAGAAGUGGGGCGCUUACGAAGAGAGUAAAGCCAAGGAUGGGACCUGGCUCUCGAAACCCACAGGGCCCAUCUGCGGAGGCUGCCAAGACCACUGCUGGUUUGGGUGCGAGAACGUAGGUACACCGCAGGAAGUGCUCCAGAAGUGCAACGGUGAUAAGGACUUCGACACUGACUUCUCCAUUUCGCUUCGCUUGAGGAAGAAACGCCUGCAGCUUUUCUACCCGUCCAACGUGUGCCGCAGUGAGAAGCGUUCCUUCAUGGCCAUCUCGCGGUAUCGAGGUCUCCGCCCAACCGAGUUCGAACGGAUCUUCAAGAAAUCCCCUGUCGAGGCGGGUCGUAAACUUCAGGACUUGCUUGACCCCCACACGAACGAGAAGUGCAAGGGCGUGCUGCUGAAGGACAGCACGCAGAUCGACCCGUCUAUUGGCAUCGAGUACGAGAUGAGCGUUGAAAUCGAGACGAGCGAGACAGAGUUCAAGCUCCACCAGUCGCAGCAGCGGCGCCAGGCCCAGGCUCGCGAGUACUUCGAUGAGAUGAAUCGCCCAUCAGGCCUCGAGUGCGAUGAGGCCAGGAAGCUCCGCAUUUGCUCCGACACGUACGAGGAUAUCAAGGCCCACGUCGAGGCUGGAGGAGUCGAAGUGCCUGCAGCGGAAGAUGAGGACCUUGCAGGAGAUGAUGACCAACAGGAUGAGGAUGAUGCGGUUCCUGGCGCCGCCAAGAGCGAGGCUGGCGGCGAGGGGUCCAUCGCGCAGUCGCCUGCGAUCAGGGGCUUCUCGAACCAGCUCGUGGUAGACAACGUCACGAUUUACACGGUGAAGAAGGUUCACAUGGCGCUUGGCGCCGAGCAGCUGCAGGCGUUUGACGACGCCGCGUCGGAAACUGGUUUAGGACAAAAGGCGGACAGUGCAACCGCGCGGAUCGACGGCAUCAACCUCACCGUGAUUGCAGCAGGUGCAAAGCGUUUCGGGCACAGGCGCGUCAGGAUGGAGAAGCUGCGCGACGAGAUGUCGAACAGCGACAACAAGAACAAGCGGAUUGAUGCUGCUCGCUUCACUAAGCGGCUGGAGCUCGCAGAUAUCGCCGAGGAUUGCUCCAAGGUGGAAAACAUCAUGGCCUGGGAGAAGCAAGUCCUAGAGAAGAAGAUUCAAGAUUUGGUGGCUGCGGACAUGAACUUCCCUGUGGCGUUGGCUGGGAACCUGGUGGCCAGGGAGCUGCGGGAGAUCGGCGAGCAGGUCGUCACGGAUGGGGUCAACAUCGAGGACUUUUGCCGCGUCGGCCUGCCGUGGGACGUCUCGGCG